AUGGGAAAUUUAGGAUGCUGUAAUCAAUCAAGUGUCAUAAAGGACGAAGUAAAAAUUGAAACCCUACCUGUUCCUGAUCCCAGGCACAAGCAAAGCUACUCAUUUGAUGAAUCCUCUGCAAAUAAAUUGCCUCAAGAAGAAAGCUAUACUCCAUCAUCCAACGGAUGAGGCAAAGAAUUCGAUACAAACACUUUUGAGUUUUCGAAUACACAUUUAAAUGCAGAACCAAAAAAGCAGAAUACAACCAAUUCAGGCCUAUGACUCACAGGUGAAGUCUCAGAGUUUUACACAAUUGUAAGCCAAUUCGGUUCAAGCUGUUAUGGCAACAUGUAUAAAGCAAUACAUAAGUCCAGCAACACUUUCAGAGCGAUAAGAAUAAUCGGCAAGGACAGAGUCAAACAAGAUAAACUAGCUGACAUCGUGAGCGAAAUUCAGAUUCUUAAAUCAAUAGACUCUCCUUAUUUGCCGAAAAUCUAUGAGAUUAUUGAAGAUGACUCGCAAAUAAAUAUUUGCACGAAUCUAUGCACUGGGGUUUCUCUGUUUGAAAAAUGUGGGAAAGAGAGAGAGCUGACUCCUUCUUUGAAAUUAGAACAAAAAUCCUUUUCCAAUUUAAAUGGGUGUUAAUUUGUUUUUAAAGAAAAUUUCAAAUUUUUAAAUUAAAAAAUAUAAAUUAAUUUUUUUAUGAAAACUAAUUCCAUAAGUAGGCCAAAAUUAAUUUUCUAAAAAUUAGUAUUUUUACCUAUAAAAAUUUCUUAUAAUUCCAAUUUAAAGUGGGGAGUGAGAGAGAAAACGAUAUUGCCGAAUGGAUGUAUGAAAUCAUGUCAGCAAUUUCAGUUUGCCAUGAGCAAAACAUCAUCAAUGGGAAAAUUGACCCAGAGCAUAUAAUUUUUACUGAUGACAAGCCUGGAUGCAGGAUAAAUAUUGUUAACUUUGGAAUUUCCAAGCCUUUAGACUUAUCUUUUCCACUUAUGAUGACAACUGGAUCUCUUUAUUAUGCAGCCCCAGAGGUCUUUCAAGACAAUGUGAGCACAAAAAGUGAUAUCUGAAGCUGCGGAGUGAUUUUAUAUAUUUUAUUAUGCGGAUACGCACCAUUUUCAGGCUAUGAUGAUACUCAGACUUUAGAGCUUAUCUCAAAAUGCAGCUUUAAUUUUACUGGUAAAGAAUGGUCUCACAUUUCUUCGCAAGCAAAGUCCCUUGUUAUGCGCAUGCUUACAAAAAAUCCUCAACGCCGGCUUAGUGCCCAAGAGGUAAUACUAGAUCCAUGGAUUCAAAAUCGAGGAAAAUCUUCUUCAGCAAUAAUAAGCCAGAAAGUCCAAAAAAAUCUCCUGACUUUUGGCACUUGCUAUAAGCUUCCAUUAGUAAUUUUACAGUUUAUUUAUUGUCAAUUAUUGCUGUUUAGAGAAUCUUUUGCACUUCGGCAAGCGUUUCUCAAUUUAGACCCAAACUCAUCUGGGAAACUAUCAAGAGCUGCACUAUUGAACGGUUAUAAUUUAUCAGGAAUUGAAAAGCUAGACUUUGAGGCAGCCUUAAUAAGAUGUGAUAACGACUUACAAGGCUUGUUUAAUUACACCCAAGUCAUCAAUGCCAUUAUGUCUAUUAAAAAGGCUUUUUGCCGACAGUGGCUUGAAUAUACCUUUGAAGUUUAUGAUAAAACAGGCAGUGGGAAGAUUUCUAUCAGCGAAAUCAAGACUUAUUUUAAAUACUCACUCCCCUUUCCUUGUGAGAUCAAAACCAUUGGAAAAAUCCCUAUUUUUUGAGUUAGCGAACAAAAUUUUUUAUGAAAAAAAUUCUGAUAUAUAAUUAAUAUUAUUAUUAUAAAGAAAUCUCUCGUUAAUUCUGUUUAUUUUAAAUAGCUUGCACUUUAAAAAACAUAAAUUUUACAAAUUAAAUUAUAUUUAUUUUAAAAUUUUUUCGAAUCGGGAUUUUUUUAAAAAAGAAAAUUAAUCCCUCUAGAGAGCGAACAAAAUUUAUUUUGUCCACUCAUGGAGUGGGGGAGUCAGUAGAAUAUGCAGAAGACAAGAUUUUUGAAGGAAUUUUAAAAGAAGCUGAUAAAAACGAAGAUGGAGAACUGGACACUGAAGAACUCAAGCAUAUUAUGAUUCAAAAUUUAUAUGCAUAG